AUGGAUAGAUUACAUACUGUGAUACAUAACAAUCUCAUUGAUUCUGCAGAUAAAACUGAACGGAAUAAGAAGGACAUGGCUAUAAAUAACCCGAAUGAAGCUGUUAAUGCGCCUUUUGUACAAAAAUCAUCCACAAGUUUUCACGAUAUUGCUUCUGCACCUUUAGCCCAACCACCAAACAUAUUUCCCAAAGGUAAUGAGGGAAAUCGUCUUGAUCCACUUUAUGUAUCUGUUAAAUCGAGUCGUGGGGGGAAUUCACCCCUCCCUCCUGCUCUUUCUCCGGCCAGUGUUUCAAAUUCUCACUCCUCUGCUUUCGCAUCUUCACGUGCUUCCCCAGCUCCGCCAAUUAUAAAUGAUGAAGACGGAGCGAGUACUAACUCAACAAACCCACCUCUUCAUUCAAAUGCUGCCUUCAGUGCUUAUCAGCAAAGUGUUCCGAUUCUUGCCCCAAAGUCUUUUGAACAGCGGAAUCUGUCCCCCAGUGAUACCUCCACUACCUCUUCUAGCUCCUCAUCUACAAGUGGUGACAGUGCUGCUUCCUCCCUUGCUGGUGACAUGAUUCCUCCCACUAAUCGAGCAAAUGGAAUACCGGUCUUGGAAAAAAUGCCAUCCUGCAAUCCUUCUGCUCCGUGUGUCGCUCCACCUGUAAAGUCGGUUCAGGUGAAAACAGUAGAGCUCACCACCAGUGCUUCACAAAGUAACCAACCUGCUCAAUCGAAGUCUCCUAUUACUGUUCCGAGUGAAAAUCAUCCUGUGGAGAUUGUUAGUGCUAUUCCUUCUGACGCUGCUGCGCCCCCGCUCCCUAAAAAGAAACCGGCACGAAAAUCGGGUGCAGCUAAAAAACGCCGAUCUCAAAAGAAACGAUGGUCAAAUGGGAAUGAUUCCGACAUAGAAAUUCUCGGCAGGCGGGGAAACAUUUUAAGGAAAGCUCAAGAAACUAUCAGAAGGAUCACUUACAGCCAGAACAUCUUGGGAACUUUUUUUAUUCCCUAUGCUCUAAGUAUUUUUCUCUUUUGCAGGUCUGGAGCACAAAAACGUGGAAAGGCGACUGGAAACUCCCUUGCUGUCGGUGAAGUUACUGGUCAACAACGCUACCUCAAAUCUCCCUUCUUCUGUCUCUGCCAAUCAGCGGUAAAUGAUAAUUUGCCAGGCCCUUCGAAAUCAGCCCCAACAAAUGAAGCAGAGUCCUCUACUGCUCCUUCUUUACCUAUUCAUUCCGCUCACGUAAUCAACCCUGCGGUACCGAUCGAUGAACCUAUCAACUGUCCCAUCCUAAAAGCCAACAGUGCCGCUAAGAAACGUCCUUUUCGAAUCCUCGACAAGCCAGCUAAUGAACUUAGCGCUUUUUUUGCAACUGCCACCUAUAAGCCCACUCUACGUCCUGGAAGUAGUUACCCCGACUCCCGGAUACCCAAUACCUACACAGAGGAUGCUUGUCCGUCUUGGCGGUGUGUGUUCUGCGCAGAGCCACCGACUUUUGAUCGGUUGAGUCCCCUCUAUGGACCUUAUUUUGUGGGUGGUGAGGUGAUGUCCAAGCAUGGACCUUCUCUUCGACUUGUUAUUAAACCCAUUCCGCCAGGUGUUGUCGGCAAUGGAAGUGUUUCCAUAAAGAAUCUCCCGGAUAUCACUCCCUCGCCGGCCAAGGUGGUAACAAGUAGUAAAGCGAGCCGAGGAAGGAGAAAUAGCAGCCUUGUGGACGCCGUCAAAAUCAUGGAGAACUACGCCAAUAUGACAUCAAAUCGAGUUGGUUCGGAUGGAGAGGUUUGGUGUCAUUUGGAGUGUGUUCUUUGGGCUCCCGGAACUCAUAUUAAGGGAGAUGGGACUAUCGGAGGUUUGGAUGAGGCUGUUAUGAUGGCCCUUGAAACGACUUGUUCGCACUGUAAGAAGAUUGGGGCCAUCAUGAGUUGUACAAAGCGGGGUUGUAACCUCUUUUAUCAUUAUUACUGUGCUAAGUUGGCUGGUGAGUGUGCUUUUAUUUGCCUUCUUAUUUGCUCUACUGUCCUGAGGAGGAGGAGCCUUAAACGUGAGCUUUUUUUAUUUCUCAUUUUAGAGUGUCGUUUUAAUGAGGAGCAGUUCGCAGUGCUUUGCAAGAAGCACUAUGUAUAUUCCUAA